CGUCAUUGUGCUUGAAGACAGCAGACUAGAAGAAUCAAAACAAUGAGAUUUACAUGAUCUGACUGAACCGACGCUCCGCCUCUACAGUAAUGCGUUGUCAAUAAAAAUGGGAGGCAGCGGAUCCAAAACCAAAGGAGUCUGGCCUUUUAGCAGCUCAGGAGCUGGAGGAGAAGCUCCCAGUGAGGUCAACAAACAGUGUUUAGCAUGUCUACGAGGCUCCAAGAACGCAACACCAUUUGUCUUUACAAGGAGAAGUUCCUUGUAUUUCGAUGAAGAUGGAGAUCUGGCUCAUGAAUUUUACGAGGAGACUGUGGUGACCAGGAACGGCAGAAAGAAAGCUAAACUGAAGAGGAUUCAGAAAAAUCUUAUACCUCAGUUCAUCGCUCGGAGGCUUUCACUCCCGUACAGUGGCUUGAUCUCCAUCGACAUGAGAUAG